UCCGGCUGAGCCAUCCCCGGACCGAGGAGCUGAGCUGCGGAAUGGAGGGGCCACUAGAACCGAGCUCCGAGGCGGUCGUGCGCUUUCUCACCGAGCGCGGGGGCCGGGCCCGACACUCAGAAUUGGUGCAACACUUCAGGGACGCCCUGGGCGGCCAGCGGGAGCAGCGCACCCGCGCCCGCGAACACUUUAAGGAACUGGUCAACGCGGUGGCCACCGUGCGCACCGACCCCGCCGAUGGUACCAAGUAUGUGCAUCUCAAGAAGAGGUUCUGUACAGGGGCGUCCCCUCCGCUUGAGGCCUCGCUCCCCCGGGACCCACCGCGUAUCGAGGUGACCCAGGAGCCUGAAGUCCCGAACCUUCCAGCCGAGCCCUGUGAGGGCAGCCAGCUCCAGGAGGAGGCAGAGCAACAGUUGUCUCUCAGACUGGGAAGCGAAGUGAGCGACUGGGAGCCUCUACCCUCCGCUCAAAGUGGGGCCCAGUGCAAAGACUCGCCACAGGAGGUCCAGGCCGUGCCCUGGGCGUCACUCCCCAGGCCCAGCGAGAACCUGAAACACGGGGGUGAGGAAGCUGAAGGGGGCAGUUCCCUUGGUGGGCCCAACACGCCAAGAUCGGCCCGACAGAACUUUCGGGACCUGGUGAUGGGCAGCUCCCCUCAGCUAAAGAGGAGCGUGUGUCCCGGGGACGGAAGCUCGGGGAGCUUCUCCGUAGGAGGUCGCAGCAGAGGAGGAGGCGACUCCGACAGCGCAUCCUUGGCUUCGUCUUCCGCAGAAGAAGAGAGCAGCGGUGGAGGCUCGGUUACCCUGGAUCCUCUGGAGCACGCCUGGAUGCUCUCUGCUUCAGAGGGCAAGUGGGACAGCCUAGAAGGGCUGCUCACUUGUGAGCCUGGCCUGCUGUCGAAGCGAGACUUCAUCACCGGCUUCACCUGUCUCCACUGGGCCGCCAAGCACGGCAGGCAGGAGCUCCUGGCCAUGUUGGUCAACUUUGCCAGCAAACACCAGCUGCCAGUGAACAUCAAUGCCAGGUCGAGCGGAGGCUACACUGCCCUACAUUUGGCCGCAAUGCACGGGCAUGUAGAGGUGGUGAAGUUACUAGUGGGGGCCUACGAUGCAGAUGUGGACAUCAGGGACUACAGCGGGAAAAAGGCCUCACAGUACCUGAGUGAAAGCAUCGCAGAGGAGAUAAAGAACCUGGUAGGAGCCAUGGACGAAGAGGAUGGGGACAGCGCCGCCAGCCGCGGGAGUGGGCGCUGGAGACUUUCAAAGGUGCUCCCGUCACACCUCAUCACUUACAAACUCUCACAGGGCAUAGAAGAUGGAACUGAUCAUCAUCAUCACCACAUCGCUGAGGGGUGGGCCGGAAGCAAAGCAAAAGAUUCAGGACGCAAAGCCUUGGGAAGCUCUAGUGGACGAAUAAAACCACGACUCAACAAAAUCCGAUUCCGAACUCAGAUCAUUCACACCACUCCCUCAUUCAAGGAUGCUGAACAGCCACUGGAGGAAGGGGAAGAGGAGGAAGAGGAGAGGUCUCUUAAAGGCUACUCAUCUUCCUUCAAACUGAGACCGAAGUCCAAUGUAUUUGGGUAAAAAAAAUAAUAAUAAUUCGUGCUAGAAAUGCUAAGG